AUGGACACAGCAACAACGGUUUGCGCGACCAGCGCAAAUCCCCCCACAGAAAAAGACCCUACAAGUGAUAUCCUGUUUCGAGUCACUCAGUCAGCCACGGAGACUGUGUCCCGAUUGCUGAAUUGCACGGGGAGUGCCUGCGCCCAGGAUGCGUCCAUGCUUCUGGUUCUAGGCGCGAUUCUCCACAAAGUCCUCACUUGGUAUCAGGCCCUGUAUCAAUCCGAGAUCGGCGUCCUGUUCUCGUCUGCACCUUCGGCACAACCGGACGCUAACCUCACGCGUCCGCCUCUCGAACCCCAUCCUUCAAACAGUGGGUCAGGUGAUCAGCUUAUGCUCUCGCGACAGGUCGGUGGCACGGGAGAUUCAGUGUAUACCGUCCCAUUGACCAUUCCGUUGAGCGUUGGGCCAUUGAAUAUCUCCCGCGCCACGGAAACGAAGAUGAAGGCUCAGCUGUUAUUGUGUCAAUUGCAAAGUUUACAUCAGGUAUGCCAGGGUCUUGAUCGACGGGUCCGGGGCGCUGAGAGUAUGCGGGGAGAGGAAAACCUAUGCGAAGGGUCCAAUACACAGCUCCUAGAGAAGGUGGACGAAUUGCAGCGUGUGUUGGCGGCGGUCUGUACGCAGACACCGAUGUAG